GCAUUUCGUGUGGUACGAAAACUCGCACCGGAUCGCAGUUUAAAAUGGGUGUCGCUGCAGCGGAACCCAAGCCAGCCAAAUCACAACGUUCGACAGAGACUGCUGUUGCUCCUGCGAAAAAGAAGUUCGAAGUGGGAGAACUUUGUUUCGGAAAAGUCCGUGGUUUUCCCGAAUGGCCUGCCAUUAUUACGAAAAUCGAGAAGAAUUAUGCACUUGUGAAGUUUUUCAAUUCACCGCUAAGUGGAAAAUGCUUCUUUGGGAAGAUAUUUAACCUGGAAGAGGGUCUUCGAUUUUUGAAGCUGCAAGGAAAAAAUCUUCAGUUGCAAAAAGCAACAAAGGAAAUGGCAUUCGUUCUACGUGAAAAAGUUCGAGAAGAAUCGAUCACAUUGAAAUCCGAAGUUUUGUCUCAAUAUUUGAGCUUGAUCUGAGAAUAAAUUUAAACAAGAAGACAUUCAACAAAUCCAAAACAUUCACCACUAUAGUAGUAGUAUCCUAUUAAACAAAUUGUAAUGUUUAUUGAAAUAAAAACUUGAGCUUAUUUUAAAGCUAUCAGUCACAUGUGAAUACACAUAAUCAA